AUGGGUGUUUCAAGAUCUCACUUCACAUCUGAUGGGUUCUGCGACUGGAAGCAUUCUAAUAGGCUUGUUGUCCAUGAGCAAUCAAAGGACCACAUUCAAGCAGUUUUGUCAGCAGCAAGUCUUUCAAAGGGAGCUGGAGAUUCCACCCCUGAUGAAGGCCAUAUUGAUGAACUAACUCUGAUAAUCAGAUACUUGGAGCAUGACACACCUGUUGAGAGAUUUGUGAAAUUCUUGCCAAAUCAAGGACACAAGGCUCAAGAAAUGUUUGAAGGAUUAAUGAAGUUUCUUGCAGACAAUGACAUUGACAUUCAAAAUGGUCGUGGGCAAUCUUAUGAUAAUGCAACAUCUAUGAGUGGAAGGUACAAUGCUUCUACACAUCGUUAUGCAAUUCUUAGUGAUUUAUUGAAAACUGUAGCGUCUGGCCCGGUAUCUGUGCCAAAGAGGAUUUUCACAACAAGAUGGUCCUGUCAAGCAGUUGCAGUGAAAACAGUUGUCCAAGGUUAUCCCCCAAUCCGUGAAGCACUUGCUAAAAUAGCGAGAUGUGAAAAUGAGACGAGCAAAACAUGUUAUGAAGCCAAUGGUCUCCAUGAUAAGAUGUGCAAGUUAGAGACUGCUAUUUAUGCUGUGUUUUGGCAUGACAUUCUUGGCAGAGUUGAUGCAACAAGCCAUGCAUUGCAAGAUCCUAAACUCGAUUUGAACACAGCAGUAGCAAUGCUGAAGUCCUUGGAAUGUUUUGUACGAGAAAAAAGAGAUUGCUUCCAUGUUUAUGAGAAGAAGGGAAGGGAAAUGUCAGAAACUGGGGAUUAUUCACAGACACGCAAGCAUCAACGUAAUGUACGACUCAAUUCAUUGGAUUAUGGACGAUCAGAAGAAGCAGCCCUCUCGCAGUCAGAAAAAUUUCGGGCUCAGAAUUUCCUUCCAGCAAUUUAUCAGUUCCUGAGUUCACUGGAUCAACGGUUAAAGGCCUAUGAGGAAACCUGUUCACUUUUCGGGUUCUUAUCUAAACUGGAGUCAAUGAAUUGUGACGAAAUUGAAGCAGCUGCAGCAAAAUUGGUUGCUGAGUUCAAAAAUGAUUUGGAUCAAGCACUUGGAGUUGAACUUGUGCAGCUUACAGCAUUCUUCACUCAAUUUUUUGAAGACGAAGAUGAUGAGAAAGGGAGGGCACAUUACCUUUACAAGCUGUUGAUAGACAAGAAAGUUGUAGAUACAUUUCCAAAUGUUGAAAUAAUGUUACGGAUGUACUUGGUGCUCAUGGUUACAAAUUGUUCUGGAGAAAGUUCUUUCAGUAAAAUGAAGUUUAUUAAAAACAGACUUCGUACUACAAUGUGUCAUGAUAGGCUCAGCCACCUGGCUUUGAUGAGUAUCGAAUAUGACAUCCUCAGAGAGAUUGACUUCGAAAAGUUGAUCAAAAACUUUGCAGCGGCCAGGUCACGUAAAGUGCCUGGUCUGUAA